AUGGCAGCUCCAAAAGGAGGAAAUAAUUUUUUGCAGAUUGGGAGUAAAGAUUACAGUGUGAGAGAUCUUGGUACCAAACGAUGGUUGGAGGGGCGACUGAAUGCCUAUAAUACAGGUCUAUUCACAACACCCAACUAUAGUGCUCACAUCGAACGACCAAUUGCGCCUGUGCGAAAUUAUGUACGAUACUGGCUAUCGCCAACAACAUGGCAAUCGCGUCGUGAGAAAGAGCUGAACCUCGGCUCAGCAUCGGCACGAGGCGAUUAUUCGUACUCUUCAAGAUAUUCCAAACAUCCAACUUAUUCGCGUGUUGCCAGUCGUCUUUAUACAAAUUAUUGA